AUGGAGAAGACCAAUGUAUCCUAUGAAGAUUUUAUAAGUGUACAGGGGCAAGCUGUUCAUGUAAAACCGGAUCCUGUAUCUCCAGCAAGAGUUGUUGUGGUGAUGUGUUUUUCCCUUUUCUUCAUCUAUGUGAACAGUGUCAUGUUCUUUACUGUGAGGAGCAAGCAGACCUUCAGCGAGUCUUCGCGCUACAUACUCUUUUCUAACAUUCUCAUCGGUGAUUCUUUCCAUCUGCUGGGCUUGGCAGUGCUGUAUUUGUUUUCUGUGGGAAAUCUACACCUGAUCAGUGCACUCUGCAACCUAUUCAUAAUGAUACCUUCUGUCACAUUUUCAAUCUCCCCCCUCAACCUGGCAGUUAUGUCAAUGGAACGUUAUGUGGCCAUUUGCUUUCCUUUUCAGCACACAGAGUUUGUCACCAAAAAAAGGGCAUAUUUAUCCAUAGCUGUAGUCUGGUUGCUUAGUUCGAUCAACUUCAUUAUUGACAUAUUGUACAAAAUUGUGGUGGAUUCAAAUUCUCUGACGACACACAUAACUUGCAGACGAAGGAUGCUGUACAUUGCUAAAUGGCAGGUAAAAUUGUCCCAAAUGUUUAAUGGUCUUUACUUUGCAAUUAUAUCUCUAAUUCUUGUCUAUACCUACAUUGGUAUUAUAGUAGCAGCUAGAUCUGUUUCCACAGACAAGAAGUCAGCCACAAAGGCUCAUAGAACUGUGCUGCUCCAUCUGAUUCAGCUGGGACUGUGUCUCUUGUCUUUUUUGUUUAGCACCUUAAACAGAAUGAUAGAGCUGCUUCAGGCUGACCGUGCAUUGUUCUUGCACCUGCAAUUCCUCAAUUUUUUCUCCCUCAUCAUUCUUCCCCGAUGUUUGAGUCCCCUUAUUUAUGGCCUGAGAGACAGUGCCUUCCGGCCGCUGUUCCUGGGAUACUUCAAGUGCAACCUAAGCACAGUCAACCCUGUUGUCAUAACUGACAAAAAAAGAUGUAUUUCAAUGAAAUAA